UCACCAGAGUUUACCAUCUGCAAACUACUCUGAAAUAGGCUACGAUGGACACCAGGAAACAAUUACAGGAGCUACUGUGGGAGUAUGUAGUGGACACACUCAACUACAUUCAGACAGUGUGGGACUUCUGUGACAAACAACAAGAGUGGACCCUUAAGAGAGAGGAAGAGUUGAAGAUGAUGAGAGACAUCAAGGACCGAGCAGACAAAGUCAGUCAUAAGUUUGACUAUCUAAAGCAGUCAGAUAAUAAAGCCAAGGGAUUGUGGGAGUGCCUGAAGAAUAGUGUAAAAUCUGAGUCCAUAUAUAAGGAGCUGGAGAAGGAACUGGGGGCUGUCCUGGAGAACACACUUCAGGGGCUGGAGAAACUUGACGUCUUCCUGGAUGCAGUGGAGAAUCUCGCAGUCACCUCACUGUAUGUCUUCACUGGAGAGAGCUUCUGGCCUGAGGACGAGAGUCCUGAAAGUGUGCGAUCAGUCAUCACAGCUGCAAGAAUGACCUCUCCUCUCCUCAUCAACUUUAAACGAAAUCCAGAAACCUUCUUCAUCCCUUCACUCAGUAACUUGGACGUCCUGUCCUUUCAACUAGACAAAUACAUACGAAUCACAGAACAGAUUUGUGAGAGAAUGGAGAAAAAAUGCAAGAAAGCUCAGCCUGUAGUGAAGUUCAGCUUGAACUUAAGCGAGGACUCCAUUCUAGAAAUGCUUGAUCAUUUAAAGGAGUUGUGCGAAAUCAGGAUGGACCAGCACACAAAGCGGUCUUUAAUUUUUCAGGAAAACGCUCAGUGCUUCAUUGAUUUAUUCAGUCAGUGUCACUCUAGAAUGGAGAAGCAUCUGUCAGAUCUGGAAGAGAAUGCAGUUCAGCUGGACAGGAUGAAGAAGGGGGCCAGUAUCUCCUCUGUGACUGGCAGUUCGGUUAGGAUAGUAGGGAGUGUUUUGUCCAUUGCUGGUCUUGCUCUGGGCCCCGGCACUGCAGGAGCAUCACUGGAUCUCACAGGGGUCAGUCUGGGGGUUACCAGUGAGGCCAAUAGUUUGGUCACAGGCUACACUGAAUUAGAAAUCAACCUAAGGCAUUGUACAAAUAUCAAGGAGAUUUUCAAUCAAUAUAUGGAGGAUCUGGAUAAGAUUCUAAUCUGUCUGGGUCAGGCCAGUAGACAGGAGUAUGUAGAGGGCGCUGCUGGGUUUGAUGAUAUUACAGAUGAAAAACUGGAAAUUGGAGCAUUGGUCAAUGGUAUUGCAGAUCUGGUAGACAGAGCUUCAGCUGUUAAAGUACUCAAAACGGAGGAGGUGAUUGCGGCUGCAUCCAAGGCUGGGAACCAGGGGACACAAAGUUCUGGUAGCAUUCCCAAACAGGCUGCAGACCUUCCCGACAAUGGGAAGCUGGAAAAAGGGACACCACUAGCUCUUUCAGAGUCUGAUAAAGCUAGAGCUAGAGCUAGAGCCAUCACCGCAAAGGCCCGCUCUAUUGGCUUAGAUGUCUUACUUAUUUGCAAAGAAAGCAUGAGUCUGGCCAACGGGAGCAAGAGUGAGGCCUCUCAGCUCAUCCGCUCACAAGCAGCUCUGUGGAGAUCUGAGCUGGAGGACUGGAAGAAGAUCCAUGAGUCCUUGCGCAUAGGGAUAACGAGGAUUAACAAUUCAGACACAUUUGGGGUACAAGACAAUGUGUGUACGGCCCUCUCCACGAAAGAAAGAUAUGUCUUUGUCUUUGGAGUCUGCUGGAAUGAGAUGGGAAAGAGGAACUGA